AUGAUCGUCCACGUCGAAUCAGCUGACACCAUUGUCGAAGCCACCAUCUUGAUGCAGAAUCCACCCAUUCCGAAGUUGAAUCUCGCCGUCCUGAUGCCGACGAUGAGGGGAGGAAAGGGAGAUGGAGAUCCGAUGCCGUUGAAUCCACCUUCUAUUCUGACUUUAGCUGUCAUCAAACUAUCUAGUUGUCUUUGGCUUGGACGAAAAAAAAGAUUCGCCUGGGUUGUAAUUUGCUUCGUUUUAGCACUUGUGGGGUAUUUCAUAGGUGCAUUAACCGGUGGUCUUAUAAGCCUUGCGACCGAGUCUGGAUUUUUCCAGGGCGCAGGAAUUGGAGGCAUAUCUGGAGCUGUCUUCACAAUUGAGGCUGCAGAAUCUGCUCUCACCAUUUGGCGUGCAAAUGAUUCUGUGAUUUGGAGUAUUCUUUACAUGAUGGACAUUAUCUGCAGCCUCCUGAGUGGAAGACUCGUCCGCGAGAAGGUUGGACCGGCUUUCCGCAGCGCCGUUCAAAGUCAGAUCAGUGCUGCUUUCUCACCCUUAACUGUGGAUUUUGACAUUUUUGAAACAAGUAGUUCAUAUGGAAUGUCAAGGGACUCAGUACAAAAGCUUCCCAAAACCAUCAUAACCAAAUUAAACAAGUCCGAUUUCUCUGGCAUUUGCUGUGUGGUUUGCCUUCAGGACUUCAAAAUUGGCGAUUUGGCAAGGAUCUUGGUUUGCUGUCAGCAUAGAUUCCAUUUAUCCUGCAUCGACAAUUGGCUAAUGAGGCAGAGCAGUUGCCCGCUAUGCAGACAGGAUUUCUUGAACUGUUCUUUGUAAAUUAUCUGUAUAACACCCUUUCUUUGUAUACCUUUGUUUAUUUUAUUUU